CCAGCCGCCGCAGAUGAUGACUCUCAGUUCUCGGACACCAAAUCAGAAACCUCCCCUACACCUUUUACUCGCUUUACCCACCUGAGAGUGAGAGAGAGAAAGAGAGAGUGAGAGAGAGAGCGAGAGAGAGACUUCCCACUUGUUAUUAAAUUCUUUCUGUCCCGCCGUUGACUCUCGUCCACCAAAUUCACUGGACUGGACUUCACUCCUCUCGUGGACUAUGCCCCCUUCCUUUCAGUGAGCUCGAGUUCCUUUGAGCUCGAGCUGAUCUGACAGCGUAGUUGGUUCACGCUGAAGAUGCAAACUUCAACCGCCUCACCCGAAAGCAACACAUCAUCACCUUCCAGCAUCACCAAAUCCAAAGAGCAAAUCCUCAUCCAGAGUUCUGGUGCUAUGAUCGCUGUCAUCGUUAUUGGUAUUAUUAUCAUCCUCACUAUUCUUCUCUUCAUCCUAAAGACGUACAACAAGCGAACCCACGCAUCCCGACUUCUGGGGUCCAGCGGGGCCUCCAAAUCUAAUAAGAAGACACCCCAGUCUACGGUUCCAAUCAUGCCCAUGGUCACCGUUGGAGUCAGCUCGUCGAACCUCGGCUCAUCGCCAUCGCCGAGAGCAGAACCGAACUCCGUGCAUCGCAUAGAAGAGUUGGGCACGGCCAGCGGAUCCACGGCGGUUACCGUCCAUGACACGGCAGGAAACACGUAGCAUCUGCUCAAAAGAUUGACUGACGCGCCUGUCUUUAUAGACUGAAUCCUGUGGAAACAUGACUUUAUUGUUAUGGUUAAUCCGAGACUAAAUGUGAACAAAAAGACACCACAAAAGGGCUUCAGGAAGGAUGUGAAGUGAGGCUGCUUUUUGUAUCAAUAGUCAGUGUUUGCACUACCAGUCCUUGGUUGGUCUUAAUUGAGCACAUUUGUUCAGUACAGUUGAGUAUCACAUUUAGAAGACACACAACCACUAUGAAAUAAAAAAGGAUUACUCAUUCCUGGUUGCCAGUAUGACACGUUUUUAGCUCAGAUUUAUACUUUAUUUCUAGAACACACAAACAUUUUCUUGGUUUCUUUGUAAAACAAAGCGAUGCCAACCAGUUUUGCACUUUACUUUUCAUUGCUCUUCAUAUUUGUAUCAUUUUAAAAAGUCUUUAGAUCGUACUGGAAUUGAAUAAAACUGGAUUUUCAGGCAUUCAA